UUUGUCUAUUUUCCUUUUGUCUUUUUUCUUUUUGUCCUUUUUUCUUUCUCCUUUUUUUUCCAGGCUUUUCUCCGUCUACCACUUUUGCUCCUAUUCCUUUCAUCUUAUUCGUCCCAAAAACAAAAACCCCACCGUCAAAAUGCAGUUCUUCAACCUCAUGGUCCUCGCCCUCGCUGGCACCGCCCUUGCCGCCAAGGACCCCAACUCUGCCAAGUGCCGGCAGAUGGCCCGCCUCGAGCGCCUCGAGAAGCUCGCUGGCGACGACAACAGGCUGAACCAGCGCUUCAAGAACAACGGCACCCGGGUCGCCGACUUCAAGAAGAAGGUCAACGACAACAAGGACAAGCUCAACAAGCUCCAGUCCAACUCGACCCUCACCCAGUUCUGCGCCGGCGUCCAGACCAAGAGGCAAUGCGGCCGCAUGAACCGCCUGAGCAAGAAGGUCGAGCGCGACCAGAAGAUGGUCAACGACCAGGGCGCCCUCGACAACCGCUUCAAGAAGGACGCCACCCGCAUCAACCUCUUCAAGGCCCGCGCCGCCCGCGACCAGCAGAAGCUCAACGAGAUGAAGGGCAACCAGACCCUGGCCUCCGCCUGCAACACCAUCGCCACCCAGAAGAAGGCCACCGCCCCCAACGCCAACGAGAAGAAGAGCGCCGCCACCGCCUCGGCUCAGUCCAUGGGCGUCUCGGUCGCCCUCCUCGCCGUCGCCGUCGCCGGUCUCAUGUCGCUAUAAGCGGCUCGACUGACUACUGCCGCGCCCAUUUGAGGGGCCCCUGUACUUCUUUUUUCUUGUUUUGAUAUUUGCAUCCGUUCUUGGCUUCGUCUGUCUUGCUUUUCUGCUUUUCUUGUUCCUCUGCGUCUUGUUUUUCUGCAUUGCAUUUUCAACCACUCACGUGGGGUUUUGGGAUGGACCGGGUUCAUCAGUGGUAACGAUAUCUAGUCUGUUUUAGGAGAAAGUCAAUUGGAUCUUUAUACCGUUCAGCUCUUUUCGUGAAAGCUAUACAAGCUCACUGAGGAUAUGGGUUCACCACGAUGAUGAUGAUGGGUCGCAUGAUUGGAAAUCCG